AUGAUCCUCAGUGUGCUUAGCUGGCGGCUAAACCCGACACCGCAGACGUUCAGGGGACUCCCCCCAUACCAUGUUCCAACAGAGCUUCAGAGCCAAACCGCGCAUUCUUCUAUCAUCGACUGGGUAACUAUUGCUCCCUUACGGGACCGCCUGAUCGAACUAUACAAUUUUAGCCCCGAACUUGACACCAUUUUCAUUGACCUAAUGAACUAUACCGUGGUUCAAGUGGAGGAUCUCUCGGCCAUAUUCACUGGCGGGGCUUUCCGCAAAGCCGUUCAGCCACAUACCGCGGUGUUGGGGAUUAAGUCAAUACCAGAAUUCUCUGACAGCAUUGAACUUGGACUACUACAGGCUCAUAAACUGGCCUUACCAGCCCUUGACAAAACCUGCACCGCCACUGGUGAUCUCAUUGGUGAUUGGCAGCCCCUAUCACCGACGGAGUUGUUCUGUUCUGCAGCAAUGUCUCAGAAGAUCUAUUAUCAGUUGGAGUUGUACCGGUCGGAUAAAUGCUGGCGUCUUGACCCGACCUUUUUUGACAAGUACCCGGAGUUGAGAUGGGAUGGAUAUCUAGAUGUCGUUGCCUCGGGAACUCGGUUCAGAGUCGAUGCUCAAGGCUCUCAUGGAUUUGGUAACCAGCCUUGCCGUCUCACACUAAGUGAUUACCAAGAGGUCUUUCUUAGUGUUCAAGCAGCUUGGUAG